CCGUGGCAAACAAAGAUGGCUUCAAAUAAAGUGGUGUAUCAUAUAAAAACAAGAGAUAAAGCGUAGAAAUCGUGACUGCAAGUGGAAAGUUUUAUUGAAGAAUGUUUAAAAAAUUAAAACAGAAGAUUGAAAGUGAAUCUGAAGGAGAACAAAGUCCAGUAUCACGAAAUGAAAGAUCAAAGAGACGUUCGAACGAGGUGCGAUCAAGAAUAUGAUUGUUUACAAUUUCAAAUUUAUAUUAUAACUGUGAAGGAUUUAUUGUCUUUGAUAAAUAUUGAGCUUUGCUUUAUCGAAGAUAUAUUUGUUUACUCUUUAUCAAGGGAACUUCCUCCCCUAAAAAGGCUGAAGAAUCGCCUGUGGUUUCUCCUGAAAAGCAAAGUGAAUUAACACCUGGUCGGUCUAGCAGUGUUGAACAGCCAAAUACAACCCCGACAUCUCAAUAUGUCAUUGCUCGUGUUCACCAGCUCCUUGAGGUAAACAUGGCUUAUAAACAAUAACAGUUUAGUCCUCCUUAUCUCAUUAAACUAUCAACGAUAUAAAUGCCCCCAGCCGGC